UGCUCAUGCUAGGGGCGCCAGCUUCGCUGGAAGACGCCCCGCUUUGCUGGUCCCCGACUCGGUUCUAGGUCCGGUUGCAGAUGCCACCCAGGUUUCGAGCGCUGAGGAGCAGAGAGCAAGGCCUCUGCUCGGGCCCCGCUGUCUCUGGCCUGCGGCUCCGCGCCGGGUGUGCUGGGGCGACUGGGCGGGCACAGAGGCUUCCCCGCCCCGGGGCGGUGCCCUCGCUCGAGGCUGGUGGCUCCUCCCCUCCCGGCCGGGCCCAGCAGCCCUCGGAGCUCAGCGCCGCCGCCAUGUCCUCCGGUGCCAGCGCGAACGCCCUGCAGCGCCUUGUGGAGCAGCUCAAGCUGGAGGCAGCGGUGGAGAGGAUCAAGGUCUCUCAGGCAGCUGCAGAGCUUCAGCAGUACUGUAUGCAGAACGCCUGCAAGGAUGCCCUGCUGGUGGGUGUUCCAGCUGGAAGUAACCCCUUCCGUGAGCCCAGAUCCUGUGCUUUACUCUGAAGACUCUAGGAGAGAAGUUCACUGAGGAGUGCCUUCAAGCACAAAGUGAUGAAUGACUGCCUUCAAGUCUCAAGAAAACACUUUUCCCUAGCCAAGUGACUUUAAGAGAUAUUUCAGCCCUUUCCUGGGGUCCGGUCCUAUAGCCGAAAUCACAGAAAUUCAUGAGUUUCUACUCAAGUAAGGAAACUGGGUGAAAGAAUAGAGUUUUAAAUAGUGAUAACCUGGUUUUCUGUCGAAAUACUUUUAUGCAUAAGACAAAAACCUUACCACCAAAUAUACCAAAACGCACCUCUUUCAUAAGUGAGUUGCUAAUCUUUCCAUACCUGGAAUAUCAUGUAUGUUUUAUUUACUGGAUGUUUACAUUUUAGGAAGGAAAAUAUUAUUUAAAAAGUUGAAUACUUGUAAUUUGUUCCUGGUAGAUUUUUAUACCAUAAAAAAAUUGUUCUCAUGAAUUUACAAUUCCUAAAUGAAGACAAAGUAUAAAUUGCUGGAGGGGGAAGAAUGGGUUUUACUAAUCGACUGAUGUCUUGAUUUUUCUAAAUGGGAAGAUUGUUUUAUUUUUAACACUAAAUAUGGCAGCAGUUUCUUAGCAGAUUUGUUUGGAAAAGUUAAUGUUGUGAUGUGCAUUAGGCUGCCCCAUGGUGUAUAUAAAUGAAGCCGAUUUGAUCUUUGUAUUCUCAAGUUCCUCUGCUUUGUAGUUGUAGCUGUACUUAAAGAAAUACAGGAUUUCAUAUAUUUUAAAAUGUUUAAAGUGUGACCCACAGAACAUUGUAAAUGGUUAAAAACUAACAUGAAAAUAUUACAACCUAAAAGAAUUCUUAAUGUCACAAGUGUUUUACUUUGAUGAUGUGCCUUUAAUUUGGGACACUUUUUUUUUUUUUUUAGAAGGAUGUGUUAUUUGUGUUUGUAACAGUCUUUGAAGAGCUUGGAAAUAAAAUUUCUGCUUAAUUAAUCAUUUUUCUAUGACA